AUGGAUACCUGGAGCAAUGGGAAGAUGGCAGCCCGUUUCCUCACCCUGUACAAGGUGGAAAUCCCAUACUUGCUCAGGGAACUCAAAGUGAGAGAGGAGGAAUCUCGAUGUUCACUUAUGCAGCUUCUGAAGACUAAGAGGGAAGCCCGACUGAUGCAAAAGACUCUGGCAGAGAAAGAUGAGACCUUCAGGGAGAAGAUGAAAGUCAUCACUGACCGAUGGAGGGCCCUGCACGCCAAGAGGGUUCAGCUGAAAGACCACGUGAAGAAGUCUGGGAGAAUUAUACAGGAAAAUGAAGAGGUACGAAUCCUAGCUCUGAAGAUAGACAGCAAAGAGAGAGAGGAGAAUAUGCAAAAGGACAGUGAGCUUUUGAGGGCUAAGAUGAAAUUGGAAGACCUCAGAAAAGAGCACUGGAAACUCUGCAAAAAAGUACAGAAGUAUUCUGUCUUCAAGAAAUACCUGGAGGACGUGGUGAAGGUCUCACAGUUUGAGGACAUCCCAGAAGUCGCUUCACGGUACAAGUUGCUGGUGAGAACACACAAAGACCUUCUGCAGUCACAACAGGGGCACAAGGAACUGACUGAGCAAGACAAGCUGCUCCUGGAACAGUACAGGGCAGAGAAAGAAGCUGAGAUGCUUCAGUACAAAAGGGAGCUGGUGCAGCUCAAACAACGUUUUGACCAGGCUCAGAGAGACAUCCUCCUCUGGGAGGCUCGCUGGGCUGACAUCCAGAACAGGACUUCCAGGAAAACCAGGAAGUUUUGGACCAUCAAGCUGGCCAUCCAUGACCUUUUCCAGUCCACCAACAUGCGGCUGAAUGCUGAGUGUAAUGUGUCAGCGGAUGACAGCCUCAAACAGCUGGACAUGAUAAAGCAGUUUAUCCAGCACCUCGAAGACAUCCAUCUCUAUGGGGGACAAGAAGAAGCACCAGUGAGCAGCUACACUGAUGAAGCCAAAGGAAACCUGACUUGCCCUGACAAAGAAGGUUCAGUAGGUUGGGAAGGGAAAGAGGAGAACCCUAGAGAUACUGUAGACUAA